AAACUCAUGACCUCAAAUGAUCUACCCACCUCAGCCUCCCCAGGAUUGUUUUCUUGAUUUUAUUUUUGGAUACAUCAUUGCUGAUAUAAAGAAUGUAUGGCUUUUUUUUUUUUCCUAUUCCUCACUACCUUCUGCCUUCCUUUUGCCUUCCCCCAUCCCUUCUCUUUGCUGAAGACGGUGUGUCAUCUGGGGUAGCCCUGGGUAUUUAUGAGCCAGUGGAGGCUGCUCUGCCACCUGGGGCCGGCUGGGUCCCAGAGCCACAUCAAACGGGGAGCCCCCCAAAAAUGAAAGGAGGCCAUGUCAAAUGGGCAGCUGGUGUUUACUUCUUUUAAGUUCAGGCACAUCCUUUACAUCCACAUGGCUUUAUUUCUAGGCAAGUGGGCUCACCAUUUUCCUAGACCAAGUGGCCACUGCCUCCCUUCCCUUUCCCCCACCCUCAGUGUCAUUUUGGCUUUUCCCACAGAGGAAAGGCUCACAGAACUCCAACGUGGUUCUGCUUGCUUAGAUCGAUGAGACAAGAUUUUGGUCCUUUGAGCAAGGUAGGAAUUAUUGUAAUAAGAGCUGACAAUUAUGGAGGACCUAGUGUGUGCCCAGAGCUUCACACACAUUUGCCUCAAAUUCUCACAAUGACCUCAUAAGUUACAUGUUACCUUCACAUUAUGGACAAAGACAGCAGCUCAGAGAACUCAUUCCACUUACCCAAGGUUGCAGAUUUCAGCUCGGGCCCAACUCACUCCAGAGUCCGUGCAUCCCCCCAAUAGACUCUAAUGUCUUAAAAAUGUCCUCACUUUUUCUGUCUUUUAGUGGCUUCAUGUCUGAAGUCUCUGCGUACUUUUUGGAACAGAAGGCGGUUCUCAUAGACUUGGCCCAGAGUCAGCAUGGGAGAAAGUCAUCCUGUCUGAAACAAUGCUGAUUCGGGUCACGAUAGAUUCAUGGUUUCUAACCUCAGCUCAACUUAAGAAGAACUUGGACAUCCUUUCAUGUAGUUCAUUGAUACCCACAUGCUUCCUGGUGCAAUAUCUCCAAAUUCUCUCAGAUUUCAUCCACAACUCUCCGUCCCUGCUGCCACCAAACCGCUCCAAGCCACUGUCACAUUUCCGUGGGUUUUUUGCACAACUGGACUCCUGCAUCCUCACAUGCUCACCCUUCACACCCCAUCCAUUCUCCACACCCCUCACACCCUAUCCAUUCUCCACAUGCUUCACACCCCAUCCAUUCUCCACACGCUUCACACCCCAUCCAUUCUCCACAGCCCUCACACCCUAUCCAUUCUCCACACCCUUCUCACCCCAUUCGUUCUCCACACACUUCACACCUCAUCUGUUCUCCACACCCUUCUCACCCCAUCCAUUCUCCACACGCUUCUCAUCCCAUCCAUUCUCCACACCCUUCCCACCCCAUCCAUUCUCCACACGCUUCACACCCCAUCCAUUCUCCACACGCUUCACACCCCAUCCAUUCUCCACAUGCUUCACACCCCAUCCAUUCUCCACACGCUUCACACCCCAUCCAUUCUCCACAUGCUUCACACCCCAGCCAUUCUCCACACCCCAUCCAUUCUCCAUACCCUUCUCACCCCAUCCAUUUUCCACACGCUUCACAGCCCAUCCAUUCUCCACACGCUUCACACCGCAUUCAUUCUCCAUACCCUUCCCACCCCAUCCAUUCUCCACACCCCUCACACUCCAUCCAUUCUCCACACCCUUCACACUACAUCCAUUCUCCACACCCUUCACACUACAUCCAUUCUCCACACCUACACCACAUCCAUUCUCCACACCCUUCCCACCCCAUCCGUUCUCCACACCCUCCACACCACAUCCAUUCUCCACACCCUACACACCAUAUCCAUUCUCCACACCUUCACACCACAUCCAUUCUCCACACCCUUCAAACCACAUCCAUUCUCCACACCCUUCCAACCACAUCCAUUCUUCACACCCUUAGUUGAAUGAUCCAUUUAGUAACACCCACACCUACCCUUUCAUGACCUCCUCUUCUUUUUUUUUUUUUUUGAGAUGGUGUCUUGUUCUGUCACCCAGGCUGGAGUGCAGUGGUGAGAUCUCAGCUCACUGCAACCUCCACCUCAAGUGAUCUACCUGCUUCAGCCUCCCAAAGUGCUGGGAUUACAGUCGUGAGCCACCACUCCCGGCCAGCCUUUCAUGACUUCUCAUUCCACCCAGAAUAGAAACCAGAAUCCUUAGCCUGACUUCAAGGUCCUGCCUCACCUAGGUCUGCCUGGUCUCACUUCCUUGUUCCUCUGCCCAACUGGACUCGUGCCACUCUGCCUUCUUUCAAUGCCUUAUAAGCACCACGCUCUUGCCAUGUCACACAUUUGCACUUGCCAUUCUCUCCGUUUGGAGGGCUUUCCCCUCAGGUCCUAUGUUGUUUCCUCGUAUAGCCUUCCUAGUUUCUGAAGGCAGGUCCCUUGGUUACAGUCUCUCCCCAUGCAUUUUUUUUUCUUUUUUUUUUUUUUGAGACGGAGUCUCACUCUGUUGCCCAGGCUGGAGUGUAGUGACGUG